UGUCAUCGGCUCGAAAAUUCGACAAACUCACGUCAUGAUACUCUUAAACAUCACUAGUAUUAAGUUAUUUUGUGUGCCCUAUUCUUAAGUUUGUUGUAACGUUUUCUUUUGAUUUUGCUGUUCAAGCCAGUAGACGUAUUUGGAGAAAGCAAUAAUUUACUUCUCCUAUUUAUACCAGACCCAUAUGUUCUUUCUUUCUUUCUUACAUAUACUGCAAAGAAAGAAGAAACGAGGAUUGAAAACUUACGAAGCGAAUUUUUUGUAUGAGAUUUAUUUACAUACUAACAUUCUUAUAUCGCCACGUUCCUAUAUUACCACUGAAAAUAAUGGAGAUUUAUAAAUAUGUCAUCGCUAACAAUGGUCUUUGACGAGAUCGGAGAAAACAAUAGAAGACAAUAGAUCCACGUCGCUUUUUUAUAUUUGACACUUAGAUUGUAUUAAGAUUUACCACAUUGCACACAUAUCGAUUUCUAAUUUACUCAAGUUUUUGGCAUAUACUCAAUGCACAGAAAAAAAUUCACGUUUUCUAGGUUUUACAAUAUUCAUUAGUUUUCAUCCUUUGCAUCUUGACUAGAAGCUUAUUUCAAAAAAGUUAAAUCGAUAAACAGUUUCAACGCUACAAAAGCUCAAUAUAGUAAAACAAAGAAAUGUUUUGUUUUAGUUGUGAUAGUAGCAUAAAAAAUAAGUAUAAAAAACUGAUAUUUUUGAAAAUGCAUUCAAUUAAAUGAAAUUUAAAUUAGAUAUAUUUAUGACUGAAGAGUCACAAGAAACUGAUAUGAAAUUCUCCCAAGAUCCAUUUCAUAAAUCGAUUACAUACACAUUUAUGUCUUAUACAUCGGCGAGUGUUUAUAAAAAUGACCGGUUAUGUUUACAUCGGGGUAGAUACGUAAGAAAUAAAAUAAAUUAUGUGUGCCGCCCGCCUCCGACGCUUUUUCUCUAGGCGGGCGGCGCAUGCACAUCAGUAUUUAAACUGUCGGCGUGGAAGAAGCCCGUUUCUAUUUAAAUUUAGUUUUUUUUUAAAGUUCUGUGAUAAAAGCAAUACUAUGGCGCCCAGAAACAAGGAACAGGAACAGGAGGUCCUGAACUGGAUCUCAGCAGUUAUAGGAGAGCCCGUCGCUACCGUUCCGUACGAAGAUUACUUGAAGGAUGGCAUAGUUCUAUGUAAGCUUAUCAACAAACUAUCUCCUGGUUCAGUUAAGAAAAUCCAAGAGAGAGGAACCAAUUUCCAACUGAUGGAGAAUAUCCAAAGGUUCCAAGCUGCCAUUAAGAAAUACGGAGUCCCCGAGGAGGAGAUUUUCCAAACAGCUGAUCUUUUUGAGAGGCGUAACAUUCCUCAAGUGACUCUUUGCCUGUACGCCCUUGGAAGAAUUACUCAGAAGCAUCCCGAAUGGACUGGCCCACAACUAGGUCCUAAGAUGGCGGACAAGAAUGAACGUACCUUCACCGAGGAACAGCUUAGAGCGCACAAUGCUGAGCUUAACCUUCAAAUGGGUUUCAACAAAGGAGCAUCGCAGUCAGGCCACGGCGGUUUCGGCAACACACGUCACAUGUAAUAAAUCAAAUUACCCAUGCGCACUUAUGCUUGCCUGGUAUCUGAGACCAAAUCCGAUGCAAACGGAUACAAUAAAAUAAAUGUUUUUUUUUCAAAGCAACCAUUUAAAUUAUUAUUAUAGAUCAAAAUAUUCGGUACUCUUCUAAAAUUAUUGCUGUAACUAAACUAUGCUAAUGUAGCAUAAUGAAGCAUAUCUAACAACCAUCAUUUUUGUUAAGACUAUUAUUUAACUAAUAUGUGUAAAUAUUUAAAAACAUUAUUAUUUUUUUAAUAAACCUCGUUCGUAAGU